CUCCUUGGUCGUGCGCACACUAGCUUGGGCAUUUUCGGGCUUGGGAGUCUGUUACGUUACAGUUUAAUUUUAGAAAGCAGGAGCGGGAUGUGCCCGUAUCCCCAUACGCCACUGUAUAGUCGACCGCUACACUCCGGCACGACCCUAUACCGAAUAUGGACCAAUCUCGAAUUUCGUCGCCGGGCGCCAAAUUGAGAAGGUGUAAACUUACUACUCUGAAAAUGCUUAAUUUUAGCAUAGCGUGUGCCAUGUAGGGGGGCUUUCGUGCGUGUGUACCGGGAACGCAUCCGCUCGGGCGAGUGCGAAAAGUGCAACGCGGCCGAACUCCGGUGUUAAUGACAACAAACAAGUUCAUUAAUGUUGCCGGAACAAAGCUUCCCUGUUGCAGAAAUUAUGCAAACAGAGGACAUCGGCAAUAGUAAGUCACUGGAUAACGACCUGUCUUUGAACACUUCUGCAGAAAUUGCUAUGACUGUGAAAGAAGAGCCCUGUGACAAGGCCGCUCCAGUUUCACCACCCAGCAGAUCCUCGUCUCAAGAGCCCAGUGCAGCUGACAGAGAUGAUACUGGGAGUCAAAAUUCAGUUCCUGUAUCCACAUCUACUUGUUUGCCCAGUCCCGGAGAAAGAGGCAGAGGAAGGGGACGACGCAGAUCUCGCUGGAAGCUCAAAUUCCAUCACCAGGCUCUUCCACCAGAAUAUCUGGACCACUAUGAAGCUGCAAUGGCUCAGCAGGAUGCAGCUGCUGCAAAAUCUGCCCAGAGCAAGCAGCAACGUCCAGUUCCUCCCCUUGUCCCACGCCGCCCCCCUGUCAUCAAGCGGGAAGCUGAGGGUCAGUGUACAUCGACUUCCCCACUGACUGCUGCAGCUACUGCAAUUGAAAGACUGCAUAUAGUAGCAGCACCUAGUGAUAUAUCUGGCAAAACCUAUAUGGAUUUUCAACAUAGAACUGAAGACAGUGUAAUUACUGAAACAUCUCCUAGAUUUGCAAGACAUAAUGUCAACAGAAACAGUGAAAGGUGUGUUCCACCAAAAGGACUUUUGGGAAGCCUUUUAGCAAACACUGAUAGUUGCCUCCUUGCAGAUACAGGAAUCAACAAAUCAUCUUGUGAGAGUGACCACAGAAGAUCAUCAGUCAUCAUAUCAUCUGUAUCGAGUGGAACUGAUAUGAGCAGCAACAGCUGCUUAAACCAUUCUACAGCAUCAAGUGCAAAUGUAUGUUCUAACACUGCAAAUAAGGUAAUGAACUAUCAGGACCUGCCAUAUAUGGGAGAAAUAACUCUUGACAACAUGAAGCCACGGAGAGGAAGAAAACCAAAGAAAGCUGACAUAUGCCAUUUAAUUUACAAGAAUUAUGGCACUGUUUUUCCUGGCAUGACUGCAAAGGCUGUUGCAGAUACUACUGAAGAGUGGCAUGGAAGACAGUUAAAUCAGCCUGAACCAGCCAUAUGUAACACAUCCACUGAUGUCACAGCUGGUACCAGUGUUGCACAUGACUCAUCAUUUUUAAGGGCUAAGAAUGGAAUUCUUGAAUCUUUUAAGGCCAAUGUACCACUCAAUCACAGUGAUGUGCAGAACAGGAUUAUCAGCAGUUUACUGGAAAAGCGACUGACAGCUGUGUCACACGAUCCUAAUCGAGGAACUACAGUAAGUGCAGAUUAUUUACGUAAUGUUGGUAAAGUGGAAUCUCGUGUUGACACAGAGAAUUGGGACAAAGCCCAAGGGACUUCAGUAUUAGGUGAUGAUGAGGAACCACUGAAUCUUUGCAUGAAAGACUUGAAUCAGCUAAAAAUUAGACUGUUAAGGAAACAUGACAAUUUUUAUGAGUCAAGAACCAGUGAAGCUACCACAGUAAAAAGUGAACCCCCGUCACCGAGUGAGGCAGACCACACAGAAGAAAGUGAAUCUCUGCUUGAUGACUUUCCCAGUGAGUGUGUGAUUGCAAAUAGUGAGCCCAAAGUCAUGCUUUCUGCAACACUGGAUAAUGAAGGUGUACAAGAAGGUUUAAAUAUGUUUCCUCCUUCAGUGUGUCCAAAUCCGUCCUCAGUGUCAGUAUUUCCAUUUGAUCCUAACAGUGCUGUCAUUCCACCUAUGCCUUCUGGAUAUGUGUACUGGCCAAGUACAGGAGUCUUUGUGCAUCCAAUGGCUCUUCAAUCACAACUUCUAUAUUACCAGAAGUUAGGCGCAAUACCCUUAGUGCCUAUUGCUCCAGAACAGAGUCAAGGGUUUGUCCAAUCACCUUUGCCAUCAGUAAACAUUUUGCCACAGGUCACUGCAACACCAUCUCCUACCCGAACAAAUCCUACCAAAAUUGUUCCUGGGAAAGACCCUAAGUCAACACACGGUAAAACUGUGAUUCCUAAAACAUUUUCAAUGAUGGUAGAAGCCAAUCAUAAAAAUUCUACUAAUUCCACACCCACAUUGUCUGAAACCAGUUUUACUAGGAUGAAGCGACUGGCACCAUUGGGCAACCCUCCAGCCUCUGGAGCCCCAACAAAAAAGAAACGCUCUGCAAUUUUCAUUCCACCCAUGCCAAGUGAAAAUAGUACUAACCCCACAACUGAAGUCAGCAUAUGCAAAUUCAAGUUUACAGGAGGGGCUAAACCAAGCCUUCAAGAAAAGAAAAUGCUUUCUGUAGAUUCUGGAGGUAAUUUUCGUUACUACAGUGGAACAGGUGAUAAAUCUAUGAGAGGGUAUGAAUUCUUUCCAAGAGAAUCACUUCAACAAUCAAGUGCAGCGUCAUCAUCGUCUCCAUCUGAGAAUUUUCUUACAGCUGCUUCAACCAUGAGUGGAGGUGACAGAAAUAUCCCUGUGAAAGAUAAUCACACGCAAGGAAUUUUUCCACUAGACAGUUCAAGAACUCAUGUUCAGCAAUUUCCGGUGUGUAAUGAUAUGCUAACAAGAGAACUGCAGAAUGCUAAUGUACUGAAUAGGACUUCUGAACAAAGUGGGGCUCACUUCAGUACUGCACACAGCACUGAUAAUAUCUUCAGGCCUGCAGAUGUCGGUGAGGAAAAUUCUUCACAAUAUCAUUUAUCACGUCGCAAACGGAAAACGAGAAAGUCUUUGGCUCGAGAAAAGUUGGAGCAGACCUUUAAGGAAAAAGGAUUUCUUAUACAGACUCAACAGUUGGAAUCUGCAGAAGGAGCCACCUACUGCAAAUUCAGGCAGUUGAGAAAAUUCACUCGUUACCUUUUUCGCUCAUGGAAAGAUUAUUUACCAGGUAAUGUUCGUGAGAUGUCCAUUGCAGCAGGUGUAUCAGGAAUUGAUGGUUCCCCACAUCAGAGUCCUGAAGGAGCAGUAUCAGAAGGAGAAUUGUCUUCUAGUAGUCGUUCCUCACCAGCUACACAAGACCCUCCUGAACAGCCUCCAGUUGACUAAUUUUCUGCUCAUGAAUCAUGUAAAUCUCUAUAUAAAUUUAUUCAGAUUUUUGUAAAUACGUAAAACUUCAUAAACAUUUGGAACACUUAUUGAUAUCACGUCAUUUCAUCUCUUAGGCAACAAAAAACUGAAUUUACUGUAUUUCAUCUCUUCUCAUCUUUAUCUGUGUUGUUGAAGAGUUAAUAUUUUAUUUUUGUGAGUCAUUGUCCAUUGUUUUGUUUUUUCAAUGAAGCUGUUUAGUUCCUUGUUUACAAUCUGAAGAACUGUUGUUACAUUUGUAACUGAUAUUAGUUAAGUUGGGCACUUUAAUAUAUGAUUCAGAAACAUGAGUAACUUAAAAUGCUGCUGUAUAAAAUGUGACGUGUGGAGCAAUAACAGAAAACAAAAAUAUGGUCUGUACACUGUUCACUAGCCUUAUGGAUAAUAUCAAUUCAUUUACACUGUUGUGUUAAUUUAAGAAGGCAACAAUUGUAAAAUUAAUUAAUUUUUCAUGUUAAAAGAAAUCUAUUUAUUAUUGUUCUGUAAAAUAGAUAAACAAAGUAUUACACAAUUAUGAAAAAGGCUGUGAAAUUUAUUGCCAUGUAAAUUGUCUACAGUUCUUUCUCUUAGAAUGUAGUCAGUUAAUGUGUUUAAAACAAUUAUUUCAUAGUGACUGAGUAACAGAAACAGCUUUUCUUUCUUUACCGUGCCAGAAUGAUUAAUUUUUAAUCAGUUACAUAGGUUUUUUAAAAUUUGUAAUGCUUAGUUCAGAUUGCUGCAAUUACCGCCUUUUUCUUCCAGAGUCAUCACUCAUGUUCAUGCAUGUUUCCUUACAAGUAGGAAAGUGGUCUGUUUUGCUUGUUUUUGUAAUAGUAUGUUUGUGGACUUCAUUAAGUUACAGUGAUUGCAUUUGGUUUCAGUCUUAACGAUUGUGUGUGCACUGAUUAGAUAGGCUAAGUGAAUGUCUCCUUAAUUUUGAUCUCCAACUGCAUUUCAAGAUUGUUUCUAGGUUCAAGAGCUUUAAAUGGUAGACACACGAUAAAGUAUCAUGUAAAUAUGUUAU